AGCUUUCAAAGCGACACCUGAACCAAUGCGCGGACUUCCGCAAACACUUUUUUGGCCGAGUGAACUGCAUGUAUCUUGCUCUGUGUACAAUCUUUGGUCCUACCAAAGAGGUUAUAAUAGUAUUAGAGGUCGCAGCUGUGACGUCACCCACGUAAAAUAAAACUCACUGGCUGUGCAGGCCACUCAGCUCGCUUUGUCGCAAUUUUUGAGAGGAUUAGAAACAGCGCUGUCAGUCGAAUCUGUCACUCGCAACACCUAGGUCUUCAUAGAAUUUGAAGGCCAAUAGGAAUGGAUCGAUAUUUUACUCUUCAAAACUCGGACGACUACCGCUAGAUACAGGAAGUGAGACAGACCCCCUAAACAAUGGCACUUUGGUCACACUGGUCGUACCUCGUAGGAGACGAAAAGGAUGCAGCUGAUGCAGACCACCCCCAUGUGUGCAAAUGUUUAGUUUGAAACAGCAGCUUUGUUUUGUAUAAAAGGUGGCCAUGUCUUCGUCUGAUACUCAAGAGGAUGAUUACUAUGAUGCCGUGAGCGCAGCCCCUGCAGCCAUAAGUACAUCGAGCGGGUCUCCGGUCCAGGCUCAAGUGGACACUUCAGCCAACAUUUACUUCGAGUUGGAGAAGGAAGUGGAGAGUGAAGAGGAGGGUGAAAGUGUUCCCAACUAUGACACACUCCCAGUGAGUGACAAGUACAAGACAGCUCCGAGAGAGAUGGAGGGGCCGAGGGAAGACAGGAGGAACGUCAUGGACAAAGCCAAAAUGUUUGAGCAGAGACAAGUAAACCCAGUGGAGGACAGGAGACAGCCAAAGCUGAUCCGGAGCUCGGGGAGGAAGGAGAGCGGCCAGGCGGUCACGUUCUCCGCUACAGCUGUAGCUUCGGCCGACGCGGAGCCCCCCUACGAGGUUCUGUGGCCGGCUCACUCACACAGCCAGGCCGCGCCUCGCACAGAUCUAGUCUAUGAUGUCGCCAGACCUCUGCCCGUUGAGAUGAGCGGGUGGAAGAAGACGUCAGCAGAUGGUGGGCACACAGACAGUGUGGGAGUGUCGCCAGUGGUCGCUGGGUCACAGACGCACGUCCGAACAGUUGCAGAAAGCAAAAGGCAGACAGGAAACACGUUGCUUACAGACAGCACAACGGAGCCAAAGAUCAAAGCGCAGGAGGACAGCCAAGUGCAGGCUGAGAGAAAGAAACAGCUUCACUACUCUUGGGCGUCCGUGCCAGUGAUGGAAGAUCCUGCCCCGGGCCAGGCUACAGAGGGAGGGAAGUCUGGGGAAAUGCUUUCUUCCUUUUCCCAGUCAGCCAACAGAGGCUGCAAGACAGGAGCAGGGGCUGCGAGAACUCCUCCCACCAGCCAGAGGUCCAGGAUCCAGACUCGGAUGGUUUGUCGGAGGAAGAAGAUCUUAGCUUUGACUGGGGCUCCGAGUUUGACGAGGAUUCCUCCUACCAGGGCAAUGUGGAGGAGUAUCUGGCCAGAGAGGGAGCAACUGACGCACACAUGGAAGCCCCCGACAAACCGCUGCCUCAAAAACCUGGGAAAGGAAAAAAUUUGGUGAACAAGUCGGUGGAUCUGGGCCCAGAGGACACCCGCUCCACCGUUUGUCUGCCGGUCACCCUCGACCCGGAGAAACACCCACCCCCACAGCUUCCCCCGCCGCCCGCCGGGCUAACGGACAGUCAGCAGUACCGGGGUCCCAUCCUCUCGUUUCUGCCCCAGCCCAAGUCCGCUCUGCGUCCCGUGUUUGCUGAGCUGAAUGAGAUCAUCACGCACCACAAGAUGUUCCAGAUUGAGCUGGCCGAGGCGGUCAGACGCUGGGACAUGGAGGAGAAGAUUGGGGACAUCUUCACAGCCUCUUUUUCCAAAACUAUGUUGGUGAACGCUUACAGCAUUUACGUCAACAACUUUGCUGCCGCCAUGGAAGAAAUCCGAACGCUGCAACGAAGCCGACAAAGUUUUGACACGUUUCUCAAGGACCUGCUAAAGUACACACCACAAACACACCACGACCGACGCGCACUGCAGCUAGCUCUGACAGAGCUGGAGAACGUGACCCACAAACUGAACGAGCGCAAACGACACAGCGAGCAACGCUUCCAGGCCCAGCAUGCCCUGCAGCUCUUGACACGUCAGAAGGUACAGCACCUGGUCUCUGCCUGGAACCUUGACCUUGACCCCAGGAGGAGACUACUCCGCACCGACACGGUGGAGCAAGUGUAUGGCGAGUUUGGGAACAUGAAGUGCAAGGAACGAAGACUUGUCCUCAUGAAUGACCUUGUGCUGUGCGUCAAAGUGCUGGAGAAGGAGCAGGCCGGCUAUCGAGUGGAGAGACUGGCGCUACGCUGGAUGGCCAAGCUGCGUGACCUUGAACUCAAGGACACAGCCAUCACACCAGAUAUGCAAAGCGUUAUAAAAAAAGAGCCGGAGAAAAUCCAGAUUCUGACAUUGAUGCCUGACAAGCCGGAGGAAGACCCGUUCCACCUGUACGCCGACCUGGCAGAGAUGCUGCAUGACUUCACCGUCCUGGGGCAGAUGGCUGCACUCGUGUCUUCGCUGAAGCGAUCCUAUGGCGGACAUGGCCUGAGUGAGGAGCUUGUUCAUGAAGUGUCCCGAGAUCUCCAGCGAAUGAUUCAGAUCAAAGACGAGCAACUGCGGCUGGUCAACAGCUGCUCCAUCGUUCUGGUGGACAACUCCAAGUCGGAGAAGCCACACUACGUUCUUCAGACAGCGACGGCGGCCAUCAAGCAGGACUGGUGCCUGGACUUCCUGAUGGCCAGACUGGCGCUGGACAAGUCAAACUGCGAGGCCUGGGACGGUCCGGUGUCCAGCGAAGGCGUGGAUGCUGACCGCCUGCCAGCCUACUUCAUGAAGUGUGUGUCUGUCGACGUGCCUCGCAAUUACACCAAGAUACGCUGUGCUGUGCCUAUCUUCCUGAAUCCGGAGAACGCGGCGUGUAGCAUCGGCGUGCAGCACCUGUGGGUGUGUUCCUCUACGGCCGACCGCGGUCAAGUGGCCAUCCUGUCUAUUCACAACUCAAAGCCCGCACUCACCGAAUCUUUCAGCGAGAGGUCAGCUUGGGUCCUUCGUCCAUCGACCACGUGGUCAAGUCUGGCGUGGGUGUGUGGGUGUCGGCCCACGAUAGCCCGGUCAUCCGACUCUUCCACAGCGAGACGCUCGAAGCUUUACAGGAGAUGAAUAUUGGGAAUAUCAUCAAUCGGAUCCGUGCAGAGAAACUGUGGACGAUGAAGGAUGCCUCGGAGGCCGUGGUGACCGCUCUGGGGGUCAGCAAAGGUCUACUGUGGCUGGGGACCAGCAUCGGGGUCAUCCUGUCUCUGCCGCUGCCACGGCUCAGCGACGGAGUCCCGCUGUACCGAGGCAGCCCGUGCGUGUCCCUUCACUCCCACGCCGGCCCCGUCAAGUUCUUCACCAUGUUCCCCUGUGCUCAGGCGACCUUGGAGCUGAGGCGCGCCAGCUCGCUGAGGCACACGCUGAGUAUGCGGCCAAGUCGCCGAAACCUGGCGCGAGAACAGAUGGAGCUGGAGGAGAGUGAGGCUUGGAGGAACGCGGCAAACGUCGCUUCUUUGUCACCGGUGGAAGAGUCGACUAGAGGCAGUGGGGGAACCUUCUGGUCGGAGGAGGAAGGUUUGCUACAGGAGGGGAAGGAGGGAGAGGAGGGAGAGGAGGGGAAGGAGGGAGAGGAGCGGAAGGAGGGAGAGGAGGGGAAGGAGAUUUCUAGCGUCCCUUCCACGUCUGAUGUUCAAGCUUUAAUGAAGUGGGAAAGAGACACUGGCUUCCAGUCAGGUUUGAUCAGAAACGGGAGUAUUGAACUAGCCGAGCGAGACGCCGGCAGUAAGGGGGGGUCAUCCCAUGUGCCGGCCACUUCUAAAGGGAGCGACGGGCAGAAGAAGCUGAGUCACUCGAAGGAAGGGCUUCGAAGUUCUCAGGACGAUAGUUCUGUGGUUUUUCGCCGACGCAGGAGCCGAGUUCCGAAUGCCGAGAGACAAAGUCGGACAUUGUCCUUCCGGUCAGAGCUGGCCAAUCGCAUCAUAGUCCAGUCAGAGACCAUGUCGCUGUCCAAUGGGGAUCUCUCCGAGCUCCAGGAAGUAGAAAUGUUGUAUGAAAACCUCUUGGAAGAGGAAAUUGACCACGAGGCAACGAUGAGCUCCAAUGGUUUUGACGAGACCAAAGAAUCAGCUAUGACUUGUGUGGUGGAGGAACACAAGGAAGGAAAAAAUCUGGAGAGAGACGAGCCUGUCCAAAGUGAUCUCCCUUGUAGCCACGUCACGGACACUUCCUGCACCGACCCGACCGCUGGGCCCGCCAAGACGCCGCCGCUCAGUCAUGCUCACAGGGAACUCGCGGCCAGCCAAUCAGCAUCUGGCUUGUCUCUAGCGGCGACCAUUUCGCCAGGUGUAACUUCGUCUCCGUCUCUCGCUUCGGUUGUGUCUUCGUCAUCGUCGGGUAGCCACCAAGAUGAUCCGCUGUGUGAGCGUAAGGUCGGAGGUUCCAGCCUCGGGUCGGCACAGACUGUUACACUGGGGAACACGCUGCGACGACCGACCACGGCUCAUGGGAACACGAUGCGACGAUCGACUACGGCUCACGGGAACACGAUGCGACGAUCGACCACACCUCACGGAAGUACCGUGCGACGUCCGUCCAGCAACGCCGUCAUUGUACUGACCGGUGGCGAUGGCUACCGCGACCUUGACAUGUCCAGAAACCAGCACAAGUCAGAAGACGCCUGUGUCAUGUUUUGGCUCUACAAGUUUUGAAGCUGGGUAUUUUUGUAUGGUGCACACACCUAAGGAAAUCUGUACAUCAGUCAUCUUAUACAUCAGUCAUCUUAUACAUCAGUACAUCAGUCAUCUUAUACAUCAGUCAUCUUAUACAUCAGUACAUCAGUCAUCUUAUACAUCAGUCAUCUUAUACAUCAG